AUGUCCCAAUACGCCUAUAUCACGACGAAGGAGUACAUCAAACUCGGUUGCUCGCUGGGCGCCGUGCAGACGCGCUCGUCGUUGCGCAACGCGAGGCUCCGCUGGAGGGACGCGUGGGGAUCCGUUCUGCCGGGCGCCUUGCGGAGGGACAGGACGAACAGCAGAGAUGAUCCCGGUGAUAGUACGACAAACAGCGUACAGGAAGCCUGUGGGGCAGUGGACGAAUGUUUGCUACCGCUUCUCCACGAGGUUUCCGCCGUUGCAGAGGUGACGCAUGGGCAGUCAAUUAGUUUUACACUUCUUGACGCAUUUCGGAAGCAGGCCGCGCUUGUCGCCGAUGCGCCACGAGAGCACCAAGUCGCUUUCGAGAUGGCGGCAACAGAUGCCGCCCUUCCCGCCAUGAAACUCCGUGGCGCCCCUUUGAGCCUCACGUACGGUGACGCUGUAGCACUGACAUCUCUGUUGAGCGAGGCACUUGCGUGGGAGUGGCACGGGCUCACGUGCGGUGCCGCCGACCGCGUGGCAGCGGCAGAAAGGCAGGUGUCCCACGGAAACAGUCCAGCCACGCGGCCGCACACUCUCGCCUUGAUGCUCGACAACUGCACGGAGUUCAACCCGAUAUGGAUGGCGGUGGCGGAAGUGAGUGUGUGGAUGACGUUCCUCGACGCCCUCUACGACGCUGAGCCGCAGGCGCCGGCGGUGUACCACCACUGCAGUGCGGCGCUGCUCAACACAAACCUCGUCAACCACCGCAUGCUGUGCCACAGCCUCGAGUGCGUCACGUCAGAGCUGCUGGUGCUUGAGGAGAAAUAUGUUCCCCUCCUCUUUGAUGGCGCUGACGACGAUGGGAAAAGCGAGGCGCAGCAGAAGAAUAAGAACGUGGCACUGCCGCCGUGCGUGAAGCGGGUGUUUGUGUGGCGCGGCACUCCUGCUAACGCCUCCAUUGCGCCCAACCGCGUGCAGCCGUGGAUGCUCGAGAGGGUGCAGAACUUCAAUGAGAUGCAUGCGAGCAGCAAGAACGCCAGCAGCGCCACAUUGGACCUCUUUGAUCUCGUACGCCAUCACUACGAGGCGCCGCGGCAACAUCUCUUCCCUAUUCUCACGAAGUGCAUCUCUCAGUUCCCGCCAGAUGUGUUCGUCGCAACCAUGGGAAAACAGGAACUACAAAAACAGCAAAAGGCCACUGUCGCUGCGGUGCGCAGCCGCACAAAGGAGGCACUCUUGCGCUUCCGCCCAGUGAUGCCGGUUCUGCACAUUUAUACCUCUGGGACGACGGGACUCCCAAAGGCGGCGCGUUUCAGUCACUUGAGGUUCUUUGCCGCCGUGUUCUUCUCCGCCAUGCUCCCACAGCGGGAGAAGACCAAAGAGGUGCUUCUGGGGAAGCAGCGCAACGGCGAAGGUGAGGAGAACGGUCUCUGGUCCAAGUGUGCGAGUGCAUUGUUUGGCCGCCGCCGGCACCUCCCUUCCUUCGAAGAAGAUCUUAACGUCCUCACAGUGUACAACUGUCUGCCCAUGUAUCACACGGUGGGAUGCGUCUUCUGUAUCGGGCACCUGCUACAUGGCCUGCAAGAGCAGCAGCAAGCAGCGGGUGCGGUGGAUUCAUAUCGGAUAGCCCCGCAAUUUCGGGGGAAACAAGUUGGGACUGAGCAGCUGAAUCCGCGACGAUCAGCCCCGACUGCUCGGAUGGUCAUUCGAAGCAAAUUCAGUGCAUCCAACUUUACAAGCGAUCUGCAAUUAUAUCGAGUUACAGUCUUCCAGUAUAUUGGUGAGAUACUCCGCUACGCGCUCCAUUACGAAAAUAGACAGAAGACCAGGGCACCCAAUGGCAUUCAAGCUCGUGUGGGUGAGGGAGGUGGUGACAAGAGCAAAAACAGUAGCACAGGCGGCAACCAUGAGGCGGGUCGGUGGGUUGUUCCAUUUGCUUUUGGAAACGGCUUGCGCAAUGACAUUUGGAGCGAGUGUAAGAAUUCCCUCCACAUAGCGCAGGUGGUGGAGUUCUAUAGCUCGACGGAAGGCAACGUGUUCCUCAUCAAUCUGUUUGACCUUCCCGGUGUUGUGGGGCAUCUGCCGCUAUUCCCGAGGCCGAUAUAUUUACUCUCAACGCACUUCAACCCAUUGUUCCCGUUCCGAGUCGUCAAGUACGACUUUGAGAAGGGUGAGGUGUGGCGCCAGCCGUUGAGUGGGCGCUGCGCGUACUGUGGCGUGGGUGAGAUCGGCGAGAUUGUCGGGGAGAUCAUUCAAGGCUUCGACAUGUUUGCUCUCCGCCGUUUCGACGGGUAUCACAGCGAGGUGGAGACGAAGAAGAACGUCAUUCGGGGCGUCUUCAAGCCGAAGGAUGCGUACUUCCUCUCCGGAGACUUGGUGGAGUUCGACGCGAUGGGUUUUGUCACCUUCGUUGACCGCGUCGGCGAGACGUUCCGCUGGAAGGGUGAGAACGUCUCCACGACAGAAGUUAUGAACGCACUCAGCGGCGUCUCGGGGCGGACAGUAACGGUGCAAGAGGCCAUCGUGUACGGCGUCGUGGUCCCCAACCGCGAGGGGCGCGCCGGCAUGGCGAAGCUGCAGCUCGCACCGGUCGGGGAGGGAAGUAGCCCCUCACAGCGGCUGACGCUGGAGGAGGAGAGGCUGUUCCUGCAGAAUGAACUCUACGGCUUGCUCUCCGGUGCGAGCGGCACCCCAGCCGUGCUCCCGGGCUAUGCCAUUCCCAUGUGUAUACGCAUCGACGAGGAUGCGAGCAAUGGUUGCGAGGGGCAACAACCGCAGCAGCAGCAGCAAGGGCCAUAUUUCCCUGCAGGGAAGGCGCCGUGUGGGCCAAUCACUCCUGCCCCGCUAUCCAGCGACGCGGCGCACACCACCACGACGUUCAAGUACCGCCGCCAUGUGCUGGUUCGCGACGGUUACCGGUACGCUCUCCGGUACGCUCUCUCGUCUAGCGAGAAUGGUCCGUCACGCGUGUAUGUUUUAGUGACAAAGCGGGAGCUCUUGGAGGCAGUGGGGGCAAAGCCGCUGCCGUCAUCGUUUUCGUGUGGAUAUGUACCGUUGAAUACAAAGACAUUGGUGCUCCUCGGUGAAGAGCUGCAGAAAUGCGGCUGGUAA